UCCCCGCCCUGGGCGGCCGCUGCCUGGCGCAGGUGGGCGUGUAGGGCAGGGCUGCAGAGGCUGAGGGUCUGAGCGGCCUGCCCCUGCGGUGGUGAUCUGCCCUCCGGAUCUGCGUCGCCGAGAGACGCCAUGGAGAGCAGGUGCUACGGCUGUGCUGUCAAGUUCACCCUCUUCAAGAAGGAGUACGGCUGUAAGAACUGUGGCCGGGCCUUCUGUAAUGGUUGUCUUAGCUUCAGUGCUCUGGUACCUCGGGCCGGCAACACUCAACAGAAAGUCUGCAAGCAAUGCCACACGGUUCUGACCAGAGGACCUUCUGACAAUACCUCCAAGUGGUCGCCGCCUCAGAACUACAAGAAGCGUGUGGCAGCCCUGGAAGCCAAGAAAAAGCCCAGUACUUUCCAGAGCCAAGACCAAGCCAUCGCUGAUCGCCUAGCACGGCUCCGUCAGGAAAAUAAGCCCAAGUCAGUACCCUCGCAAGCAGAGAUAGAGGCACGGCUGGCUGCACUGAAGGAUGAAGUCCAGGGUUCCAUCCCUUCCACACAGGAGAUGGAGAAUCGGCUUGCAGCCUUACAGGGCAGAGCACCACCUUCUCACGUGAGACCGGCACACCAGGCACCAGAUACCAGGACCCAGGCUCAGCAGACGCAGGAUCUGCUCACACAGCUGACAGCUGAGGUGGCUAUUGAUGACAACUGGGAACGAAGAGGCCCAGUGACCCCCCUCCAGAAUGACCUCAACAAGGGAGGUACAAGGAAGGAGCACACAAAUUCCCCAGGUCAGGCCAGCUCAUCCCUGGAGGAGGAGAAGAGCAGGCUGCUGGCUGAGGCAGCAGUUGAGCUACGGGAGGAGAACACCAGGCAGGAACAGAUCCUGGCUCUGGCCAAAAGAUUGGCUGUACUUCAGGGACAGGACCCCAGCAAAGUGAGCCUCCAGGACUAUCGCCUACCAGACAGUGAUGAGGAGGAGGAUGAAGAGACAGUCAUCCAGAGACUCCUGCAGCAGCUCACUGAAGAAGCUGCCCUGGAUGAGGCAAGUGGCUUUAACAUCCCUGUGGAACCAACUCCCCGAACCCAGGCCCAACCCCGCAGGGCCAAGACUGAGCCCCAGGCCGAGGAGGAAGAGGAGGAGCUCCCCUGGUGCUGCAUCUGCAAUGAGGACGCCACCCUGCGCUGUGCUGGCUGCGAUGGAGACCUCUACUGUGCCCGGUGCUUCCGGGAAGGUCACGAUAACUUUGAUCUUAAAGAGCAUCAGACUUCUGCAUACCGCCCCCGAACUCCUGGCCGAGAACACUAAGAAAACCCCGAUGACCUCCUGAGGUGGCAGUGCCACGGGCAGCCAGCAGGCUGGGACGGCCACCUGGGCCUGGUCUCGGGCCAGCCAGUGGGAUAGCAGAUGCAACUCUACUGAUGGCAAACACACUGUGUUUUGAGCUUCACAGUCCCUGUAAGGAAGAAAGAGUCCAUUGAAGAGAAUGAGUCUUAGAGGAGCCAGAGGAAAGGAGGAGUAAGGGUCCUCAAAAGCCUGACCUGAAACCGAGAGGUGGAUGGGGAAGACCACACUGAAUCUAAGGAUGAGCCCUGAAACCUGGUUCCAGGGCCCAGCCCUGGCCUGUAGUGAAUCUAAUAAAAUAUGUUAUUGGGUCA